UGUCUGUUGACAUCCUCGACACCAAGUUCGACGUGAUUCUAGGCAUGUCUUGGUUGCGUAGCGCCGAUCAUCCGGUGAACUUCCAUGACCGAACCGUUCACAUCCGUGAUUGGAACGGAGUGUUAGUCCCAUGUACGGUCGCGAUCCCUCACACUUCGAUUGCUUGUCACGUGGUUUCCGUUGCGCGGAUUCGCGGCGUCAUUGCUCGGAAUGACGUCGAGGAGAUGGGCCUUGUAUUCUUGCAUGCUCUCCCCUCGCCGGACGGACCAGCCGCGUCACCGCCGGACCCACGCAUUUCUCACCUCUUGGACGAGUAUAGAGACAUCUUUGAGGCUCCCACCGGAACGGUUCCGGAUCGGCCCAUACGUCACGGGAUCGCUCUCACGGCUGGCGCCGUUCCUCCGCGUGGAUGUAUCUACCGCAUGAGCGAAGAGGAACUCGAGGUGCUUCGCGCACAACUCGAUGAUCUUCUCAACAAGGGCUGGAUUCGCCCUAGUUGCUCGCCAUACGGUGCACCUGUUCUCUUCGUCCGGAAAAAUAACAAAGACCUACGGUUAUGCAUCGACUAUCGAAAACUUAACGCACAAACCGUAAAGAACGUCGGCCCUCUCCCUCGGAUUGAUGAUCUCCUUGAGCGGUUAGGCGGCGCGACGUACUUCUCGAAGUUGGAUUUGAAGUCAGGUUACCACCAGAUUGAAAUCGAGCCUCAAGACCGGUACAAGACCGCGUUCAAGACCAGGUACGGACAUUUUGAGUGGGUUGUUAUGCCAUUCGGACUCACCAAUGCCCCUGCAACGUUUCAAGCAGCGAUGACGACUGAGUUUCGCGACUUGCUCGAUCGCAGCGUCCUCAUCUACCUUGAUGAUAUCUUGGUUUAUAGUAGGACAUUGGACGAGCACAUCGUACACCUUCGCGUUAUUUUGAAUCGUUUGCGACUAGCCAAGUACAAAGCGAAUCUCGACAGUGCGAAUUCGUCAGGCAAGAGCUUGAUCCGGUACGACAAUGAAACCGAGCUCGGCUCGGCUCGGCACCCGCAGACGGAUGGUAAGACGGACAGAGCGCAUCAGACCGCUCAGAUGAUGUUGCGUACGCUCAUCCGUCCCGACCAGAAAGAUUGGGUUGACCGACUUCCCGACAUCGAGUUCGCCUACAACACUUCGGUGCACCCGGCGAUCUGCGUCACACCAUUCGAGCUACAUCAUGGUGGAGAGAAAGCACGGAUCUUCGCUGAUCUCCUUUUGCCACAGGCUGCCGACAUAGACGUCCCUUGCUCUCCCGCUUCCAUCCGGAAGUACCGGGACUUGCUGAUCAAAGCCCGCUCAAAUAUGCAAAAGGCUCAGAUCCGCAUGCAGCAGCAAGCUAACCGACGUCAACUUCCAUGUCCCUUCCGCGAGGGAGACUUUGUUUGGGUCCUCUUCGAGGAAUUUGCGCUCGAGCAGGACGUUUCGCGCAAACUCCUUCCGAAAUGGUUCGGACCAUGGGAAGUCACUUCUGCCGUUGGAGACRAUCCCGCAGGYCCUUCCUUYGUGAUCAACAUUCCACCGCACCUGACAGUGCAUCGGGUCUUCCACACAUCGAAGCUGGCCAUCUACACGCCACCUUCAAAUGACGAGUUUCCCGGACGUCGAUCACAGGAUCCGCCCUCCAUGGACGGACAUCAGGAAGUGGACCGAGUCCUCGCGCACCGCAAGUAUGGCAACAAGCCAAGGCAGUACAAAGUCACAUUCAACAAUGUGCGCCGGAUGACACUCGGUGGAUCUCCAGUGAAGAUUUGCAGACUUCUGCACCCCUCAUCUUCGCCGACUAUGAGAAGCGAGGCCUUGCUAAGGACGCAGCUCGUCCCGCCCGAYCCACCCCGGUAUCGGACAGAUAACUUCGCCCUCGCAGGUAGCUCGGUCUUUUAAGAGGGGGAGUGUGUUACAUCUUCGACGCCACACGGAUCCUACCGGACCCGACUUAGG